GUGAUAAUUAUAAUUUCAUCGUUUGUCGCUAAUAAUUUGGUGAGUAUACAUUGGUGAGUAUAAAAAACAUGAGUAAUGUAAAUCGCAUGCCCCCAUUAAAAACAAAAUAUCAUUCACCAGCAAAUGUAAAUUGCUUGAUUAGCUUUUACUUGAUUAAAAGUAAUUACUUCAGAUUUUAUUGAUUAAAAGCAUGUAAAAAUGUAAAUCUACAUCUCACUACUACAUAAACGAGCAAAUGCAACAGUUCAAUGCAACGGUUCAGCAUAAUGCAACGGCCUAUUUCAACAGUCCAGGCUAAUGCAACAGUCUUUUGCAACGCUUUGGGCUAAUGCAACGAAUUUUAUAGUCUAAUGCAACGGUAAAAGCUAUUGCAACGAUUUUCAGCAACGACUAAUUAUUGGCCGUUGCAUUAGGCGUUCAAAUGCAACAACAAUUUUCGAAAUUGCAACGACAACUGUUGUAACAAAUAUUUUAAUAGCUAGUUAAGUAGUUAGGUUAGAGUGACGUACUUCGUAAAAUGUAAUGAGACCUUACUACUGUAGCAUUUUCUCUCUUUUUCUUCUCAAAACCCUAUUUUCCGAAAUCUCUUUCAAACCCCAACCCAGUUCUUGGUCGCGCGCCGCUCUAGUUCAAGGCCCAACAAUUUCCCAGAAUUAUUCCAGUCUACCACUCCAGUUCUUGAUGCUCGUCUUUGUUCAUUCAUUUUCAUGACAAGGUUAAAGACGAUUGCUGAUUACGGCUAACCCUAGAAACUUCAAUUGAAACUCAAAUUUCAAAAAUUACGAGGAAAAGAAGGAAGUAAAAGAAGAAAAAUUGAAACUCGAAGAGAAGUAUAUGUGGGCUAUCGUUGAUGGUGUCAAAGAAAAGGUGGGUAACUUUAGAGUUGAGCCUCCUGGAUUGUUUAGGGGCCGCGGCGAGCAUCCCAAGAUGGGGAAACUCAAAAAGCGUAUAUAUCCAAGAGACAUUCCAAUAAAUAUAGGAAAGGACGCUCCGAUUCAAGAGUGUCCUAUCCCUGGCCAGAGGUACAUGGUGCUGAGGUGGGAAAAUGAUAUGAUUAUUGAAAUGACAUUCUUUGUAGAGGAUCAGACUCACAACUCGGAAAGUUGCCCGGUUAGGAAUAUGUAAGAAUAUGUUAUAGGUUGGAAUUCUUUUGAUCAAGCUUUAUGCUCAAGAUCGAACAAUAAUGUAAAUUUACUAUAUAUUAUUUUUAAUGCAAGAAGAAUUUUAUUAUAAUUCAAUUUCA